UCACGACUUCUGGACAUGCUUCCUCUGGAUGGCUGGCCGGCGCUGCUUCGACCGUGCUCUACAUGGUGGUAUGUGGUGGCCUUGGCUGGAUGGGAUCAACCAAACGGUGGGUUUUUUCCUAGUUUAUUUGAAUUUUUUAAAUUUAAAAAUGAAAUUUUUUUUAUUUUUAUGUAUGUUCUUCAUGUGGUGGCCUUUGGAGAAUAUGCUGAUGGUCUUCAUGGUGGUGGUGGUCUGGGGGCCUGUUUUUUUUAUUAAAAAAUUUUUUUUUAUUUUU